AUGAGUUCGUCUCAAGCACAUCCCCACCAUCACCGACGGAUUAGCUCUGUCGAUCCAUUGUCAGAUGCGGAUGUGUACUAUGGAGAUGAUAAUGUCCUCAACAGGUUCAAGGACCGCAGGCGUGCGUUCUCAACGAGCUUGAAAGCGUUCAACCGUGAGGAUAUUGACAGCUACCUGGGUCAUUUUCCAGCAAGAAGAGGCAGUCAUGAUGAGACGUCCGCCCAGCCUCGGAAAUUCCUCAUUGAUGUCGAUGCGACGUUGCAUGAUCUAUUGGAGAGAGAGGACACGGAUAAGAACAUGCAAAUAACAAUUGAGGAUGUUGGACCGAAGGUGCUUGCGGUUGGAACUGCAUCAUCCGGCGGUUAUAAUCGAUUCGACCUACGAGGAACAUACAUGCUCUCCAACCUCCUACAAGAGCUGACCAUUGCCAAAGACUACGACCGAAAACACAUUAUCUUGGAUGAGGCACGUCUGAGUGAGAACCCGGUUGCACGGCUUUCUCGCCUCAUCAAGAACUCAUUUUGGAAGGCCCUCACACGACGGAUCGACGGUCACAACAUCGGAGAGGCCGGUCGUGAUCCCAAGGAUUGGACUGACGAUCCGCGCCCUCGAAUCUACGUUCCACCGGGUGCCCCGGCGCAGUUGGAGUACUACAGGAAUAUUGCCAAAGACCAUCCCGAACUGCGACUCGACGUGCAAUUGCUUGACUCGAAUAUCACGUCUGAGUAUGUCAAGGAUCUCAAUGAUAAGCCCGGGCUGUUGGCGCUGGCCAUGCACCCGAAGUACAACGAAUCGGCCAUGAAAGAAGAUCUCAUAGGAGUGCCGUUCGUCGUCCCGGGAGGUAGAUUCAACGAACUGUAUGGCUGGGACAGCUAUAUGAUUUCUUUGGGUUUGAUCGUCAGCGACAGAGUCGAUCUUGCCAAAGCGAUGGUGAUCAACUUUUGUUUCUGUAUCAAGCAUUAUGGCAAGAUUCUCAACGCCAAUCGCACUUAUUACCUUUCUCGGUCUCAACCACCGUUCUUGACCGAUAUGGCGCUCCGUGUAUAUGACCGGAUCAAGACCGAGCCUGAUGCUAAGGAGUUUCUCCGCAACGCAAUUCUCGCUGCCAUCAAGGAAUACUACAGUGUAUGGGUCUCAGCACCGCGAUUUGACCCAGCAACCGGUCUGUCCAGGUAUCGUCCGGAAGGAAAAGGGGUGCCACCAGAGACCGAACCGAGUCACUUCACUCACAUUCUCACUCCUUAUGCGGAGAAGCACGGCAUGGAGUUCAGGGACUUUGUCGAAGCCUACAACCAUAGCAAGAUCGAAGAACCAGAACUGGACGAGUAUUUCUUGCAUGAUAGAGCAGUCCGCGAGUCAGGUCACGAUACCUCUUACCGUCUCGAGAAGGUCUGCGCCAAUCUCGCUACGGUGGAUUUGAACUCGCUCCUGUACAAAUACGAAGUCGAUAUUGCUAUGGUUAUUCGGACACAUUUCAACGACCGACUGGACAUUCCAAAGGAAUUCCGUACUGAAUCUUCCCGAGACAUCACACAUGAAUCGUCAGCCGUGUGGGAUCGUCGUGCCAGAAGACGAAAGAUGAGAAUGGACUCUCAUCUCUGGGAUCAAGAGAAGGGCAUGUUCUUCGACUACGACACCGCCAAGAAGCAGCGCACAUCUUACGAGACUGCUACCACCUUCUGGGCGAUGUGGGCAGGGCUCGCUACACCACGGCAAGCGGCAGAUAUGGUCGAGAAGGCACUUCCUCGGUUUGAAGCCUACGGUGGUCUGGUUUCCGGUACAGAAGACUCGCGAGGACCCGUUGGGCUGGAGAGACCCAAUCGACAAUGGGACUUCCCCUAUGGUUGGGCGCCGCAGCAGAUGCUUGCCUGGGCAGGGUUACUGCGCUAUGGAUAUGAGGAAGAAGCCAAACGACUGGCAUAUAAGUGGUUGUUUAUGAUCACCAAGGCUUUUGUCGACUUUAAUGGUGUCGUUGUCGAGAAAUAUGAUGUUACGCGGCCGAUUGAUCCCCAUCGGGUAGAUGCAGAAUAUGGAAACCAAGGUGUCGAUUUCAAGGGUGCACCUCGCGAAGGAUUCGGCUGGGUCAAUGCCAGUUAUGUAUACGGUCUGGAAAUUCUCAACGCUCAUAUGCGGAGAUCUCUGGGAGCCAUCACUCCUUAUGAGACAUAUCGCCAUGCCAUGGAGCAAAGUGACGACGCUUUUAGCUAG